AUCACAGUGUCUUUCUUUACAGAAAAUUUCCGUGCUUUGUGCACCGGAGAGAAAGGUUUUGGCUACAAGGGCUCCUCGUUUCACCGUGUCAUCCCUGGUUUCAUGUGCCAGGGUGGGGACUUUACCAACCACAAUGGGACUGGAGGCAAAUCCAUCUAUGGAGAGAAGUUUGCUGAUGAGAAUUUCCAGUUGAGACACAUCAGCACGGGGACACUGUCCAUGGCCAAUGCUGGGCCCAACACCAACGGAUCCCAGUUCUUCAUCUGCACAGCAGGAACUUCCUGGCUUGACGGGAAGCACGUGGUGUUUGGCAGCGUUGUGGAGGGCAUUGAUGUUGUUAUGAACAUAGAAACGUUUGGCUCAAAAAGCGGCAAGACUUCAGCAAAGGUUGUCAUUGCUGACUGUGGUGAAAUAUAACAGAGCAACUUAGUUCCUUCUGUCUGUUCUCCUAUCAGAUGUGUCCUUCACCAUCCUCAUCCCAGUUAAUCUUUAAAAUGGAGCAUAUCCUUCUUUAUUCAUUGUGUAAUAUUCUGACCCCUCCAGUCUGUCCUUUAAGGAUCACAUUUCUUAACAAUAU